AUGCCUAAAGCAGGGCUGAAGGAAAAGACCAAGCCGUUGACCAAGCCGUCCGCGCUCGAGACCACAGCCAAGUUCCGCCCGGAAGAUUCAGAUGUCGACAUGAACGACGAAACAAGCUCGGAUGAGGAGAGUGAACCUGAGAAGGAUGAGGCCGAGAAGAAGCUUGAGCGCAUGCUCUUCGGUGACGAUGAGGGGUUCAUGGGCGCAUUGAAAAACCAACAAGCCCGUGAGGCCGGCAUGGCUCUCACUCUACAAAGCGACGAUGAGAGCGGAGUAGACGAAGAUGCCGAGGACGACCAAGAAGCCAUUAAUGAAAUGGCUGAUUCAGACCUUUUCUUCCUCGACUCCGGUGCACCCGCCACUACAGAUAUCAUUCCCUCAGAGACCUCGGAUGCUGAAGAAGAGGAGGAAGAGGCCGAACCUGCCGUGUGGUACGACAGUGACGACGACCGCCUCGCCGUGUCGCUAGCAAGCCAGGCCAGGCUACGCAAACUGCGCACCACCGAGUCGGAAGAUGUGGUCAGUGGCAAGGAAUAUAUUCGACGCCUGCGCAGGCAGUUCCAGCAACUGCACCCCACGCCCGAAUGGGCUACCCCCGAGCUCGCAGCCAAGCGCCGCAAGACCGACUCAGACUCGGACAGCGAAGAUAUCGAGUCGGACGAUGAGAACGAGCAGCUAUCUAUGCAGCCCUUGGCCAAACUCCUCCAGAACGCCUCCGACCUAACCCGCAUAGAAGACAAUGCGCGGUCAGGAGGCAAGCGCAAGUUGCGACAGGAGGUCCUGGACAUCCAGAGACUGAAGGAUGUCGGCAAAUCCCAACCAUCGUCCGUCGACUCUCUGACCUUCCACCCCCACUACCCUCUCCUGCUCUCCUCUGGACCAGCCUCAACCCUCUUCCUGCACCACAUCUCCCCCUCCGCUCCCGCACCAAACCCCUCCUAA